CUAUAUUUACUGGAGUGAGCUGCAUGUCUCUAGCUACAAACUAAGGAGACUUGCACUAGGAAAACUAAUACAUAGUCUUCCUUUAUCACAUUAAUUCUCUCUUGAAAAUCAAGUGAAAAAUUAGCAAGACCACCAUGAAUCCCGGGGAUGGAAAUGUCAAACCAGUUGCUGGGAUGCAACAACCAUCGUCAUACGGAGCUCCGGUUCCGGCAGCGCCGGGACCGUGGUCUACCGGCUUGUGUGGUUGCUUUGAAGAUUCAUCCAAUUGUUGUGUUACUUGUUGCUGCCCUUGCAUCACUUUUGGCAGAAAUGCUGAAAUUAUUGACAGAGGCACCACAUCCUGCGCUCAUGCCGGAAUCAUCUACUAUUGCCUGGCGCAUAUCGGUUUCGCCGCCUGUUACACAUGCACGUAUCGUACCAAAUUGAGGGCUGUUUUCAAUCUCUCCGAAGACCCUUGUAAUGAUUGUCUUGUUCAUUAUUGUUGCCUCCCUUGUGCUGUGUGUCAAGAGUACAGAGAGCUCAAGAAUCGUGGUUUCGACCCCUCCCAUGGAUGGAUAGCAAAUGCGGAAAAAUGGAACAGAAUGGGUGCCGGAAUGACGAAUAUGCCUCCAACUUUUGACGCCGGAAUGUCUCGCUGAAUUUGCAGAUCUACUGCUUGCAUGUCAUCGUAUAAUAUUAGCUCUCUCUUUUAAGUUCAUUUGUGUGAAUUUUCAUGUUAAUUAAUUUAUUUCUUUUCCCAUGGCUUUCCAAGUUGACUGUUAGUGAAGGCCUUGUUCGUUCUUCAAUUUGUUUUUUCCUUUAUUGCCUUUUCUUCGUUGUGUCUGAUUAAUGAAAUAUUUUAAUAUCAUUUUCCGAUUUCUCUCUCGUUGAGUAGUUUGAUCUCCC